AUGGACAAUAUUGGACAACAACAUGAUAUUUUGAGACGAGACAUUGAUCAGGACAAUAUUAACAAAACAUUAUUUGAACAAAUCGAUGGAUGGGAAAAAGAAUCUAUUGAAAAUAUUCGAUCUGCUGCUGAAACAGUUCGAAUUGAUUUAAAACAAUUAACUGAAGAAUCAAAGAAACGAUUAAAUAAUUUAAUGAAUAAAUUAUCAGAUGAACUUCGUUCAAAUCAAGAAAGUGAUGACUAUAAAGAAGAUGAUCUUGAUCGGUGGUCAUCCGAAAUUAUGACUACAGAAUCGGCUCGAUUAGCAUCUGCAUAUGGCUGUUGGAGUCGUGGAAAAUUAGUAACAAAAGGUAUAUAUUCCACGGAAUAUGAAAAAUUAGAAACACUACCGAAUGAUGAAGUAACAAUUACAUUAGAUUGCAAUGCUCGACAAUUUAGCUAUUUACAUGAACGAACCAAAACGAUUGUUACAUCGAAAAAACGUGAUAUAAAACCAUCUGAAUCUGUUGUUCCCAAAGAAUCAUCUCCUUUUCCAAAAGAAUGUCAAGGCACUUGUUCAAUAUGUAAUGAUGAUAAUCUUACUUUGGUUACUCUUUCAAAACAAUGUCAACAUGAAGCAGCUUGUUGUAUUCCAUGUCUUACACAAAAUAUUUCUAAUGGUAUAACUGCAAAAGGUAUUCAUCGUUUUGAAUGCCCUAUGCCUACAUGUAAAGUGGUAUUUAAAUCUUCGGAAUAUUAUCGUUUACUCGAUGCUCGAUUAAUUGCUGUGGUAGAUAAACUUUUAUUAAAUCGAUUUCUUGAAUCAAAUGAAGAAUUUCGAUGGUGUAAAUCAAGAAAAGGAUGUGGAGCUGGACAACUUGUAUCAAAUUAUAAAGAUUUACUUGGAUAUUAUACAUGUUAUGCAUGUUAUCAACCAUUAUGUUUUCGACAUGCAAUUGAAUGGCAUACAGGUUAUACAUGUGAUGAAUUUGAUCGAGAACGUACUCUCAAUCCUGAUUUAGCAUCAGAUGUAACUGUUCUUGCUUUUACAAAACAAUGCCCAAAUCAAUCAUGUCGUACACCAAUUAUGAAAUUUGAAGGAUGUGAUGUAAUGACAUGUUGUCGAUAUGGAACACAUACAUGUAUUGAAUCAAAAGGUAAAUGUGAUCAUGGUGGACAAAAUUAUUGUGGACAAAAAUUUUGUUGGAAAUGUUUGGGAAAAAUUGAUAUUGAUAAAAAAACUGGAGCAUAUAUUAGACAUUGUAAUCAAAAUUGUGAAUAUGCUACACUUAAUAAUUAA